AUGCCAAGCACCAUUCCAAAUACUUGGGCGAAUGACUGCGACUGCGGGAUAGAGGAUGGGGGAGGGAUCUCAAAAGUAGAGACUGGCCGUUCUGAAAAGGAGUAUCCCCCCGGAAGGGGGAAAGAGAGAGCGACUAGGUUACGUUGCAGCUUGAAUCGUUUAGACGAUGUCCACAGGAGAGACGAUACCAAGUCAGAGGCAACUCCGGCCAGCAAAGAGCAUCUCGCGAUUCCCUCCGAGCCGGCGAUCGACCGCUCUUUUCUCAGGAGGACGCCAGAGGGGGCAUCUCCUGAUGGCGGAGUGGCCGUUUCUGCCAAUAACAACCCCGCGAUUAAAGUUCGUUCACGCCAGCACAGGGCCUUUGCAGCGAGACUACUGUACGCCGUAAGGGAGGGAAGUCAAAGCCCGCUGGCGAUCGAUCUGGUCAUCGGACAGGGAGGUGGAGAGACAAAAGAUAGAAAAGAGGAGACGGCUGCUGCUGAUGAUUACCUACUCACAAGCCUCCGGAUUCGUUCGUUGAUUCAGAACAGCAUCUGA